UUCAUGCAAGGUCAUAUAUAACGUCAAUGUCGUAAUGAUCCACUGAAGUGUUUACUUCGACUAAGUGAGUUUACAAAGGAGGAUUGAAAGAGUUUAUUGUUUCAUAAAAAUGAAAAUUGUACAAUGGGAGAAAUCGGUCUACAAAAAAUGUUUAAAGAAGUAUACUGAAGGUAUUUAAAUCAGGUUUGACGUCAUCAAAGAUCAAAGAGUUGGUUAUGGCUGCUACGCAACCGGGUACAUCGGCCGUGACCAAUCGUGUCUACCUUGCCCGUUUGCAAAUGCUCACCAUAGACGGUGGACUUUUAGUUCUUAGAAAUUAUGCAGAUCAGAUAUUAUCAGCCCAGUCCGUUUCUCUCAGUGCAUGUGUUGCUCAAGAAAAACCUACUAUUACACGUUUGAAAGGACGUAAUAUUAUUACUCAGGUACAAUACGAUGUGCUGCAUCCAUCGGGUGGUAGUGUAGCCAUGUCGGAUUUGGACAUUACGCUUAUAGUUUGUCUUCUGAGAAACCUAAAGUGUUUCGGUUUAAAUCCAAACUUCAACUGGAACUCUUCACCAGGACAAAGUGAUUUUUCUAUCGAAGCAGAUAUUUAUAGGCUGAAGAGCUACCGGAAUGAAAUCAGUCAUAUAUCGACAACGACAGGAAUUCAACAAAGCAGCUUCAAAAACAUGUGGAUGGAAAUAGAACAGUUACUUCUGAGACUUAACUCGUCCUCGGUGUCUCCACUAACAGACCUUCAACACACGAUUUCUGACUUUAAUUCAUGCCAUCUUGAUCCGAAAGCAGAACGGAGGAUCAAAUAUGAAAUGGAGAAAUGGAGAAGACUGGAAAAGGCCGUAGAAAUAGAUUUAAAGCUUCUGAAGGAAAGCUAUAAAGCCAUUAAACAAACGCAAACUAAGAGACAUUUUGAGGCACGAAAGCGUACGGUGAAAAUAAAUAAAGAUAUACGGAUAAACAGGGACAAAAUAGCUAAAAUAGAAGAACGUUUACAACCACUUAACAAUGGUAAGACUAUUUAGAAUAUACAUUAAUAAUUACAGAGACAUGAGA